UCUCACAACUCGGGAGUUGUGUUAUAUACACGCCUGAAAAAAAUAGUUGUGUUAUUAUUUAAUAUUCAACAGUCAAUAGUGAAACUGACAUUUUCAUAUCAGAUGUAAAUAUUUAAAAAAAAUAGGCAACCUAUUUUCUUGGCAAUAUAAAUACUUAAGUAUACACAGAAAUAUAAGUUCGAAGUAAAAUUAAUCCUUUUUUAUUAUAAACGACUAAACAUAAACGUAAACAUGACUAAACCAGUAACACAUGUUCUUUUUGAUAUGGAUGGCUUAUUAUUAAAUACUGAGGAUUUGUAUACAAUAGCGUUUCAAAAUAUUGUUUCACAAUAUGGUAAAGAUUAUACAUUUAAUUUAAAAUUAAAACUAAUGGGUUCUCAAGCCCAUGAGACAGCUCAGACGAUUGUUUCUGAGUUGGAGUUACCAAUGACACCAGAGGAAUUCAUAGAUAAAAGUAAAAAAGAGUUUGCAGAGUUAUUUCCAGAUACAAAUGUUAUGCCAGGUGCAAAGAGACUUAUUGAGCAUUUACAUAAUAAGGGUAUACCACUAGGACUGGCAACCAGUUCAAGUGAGGAAAGCUAUCAUUUGAAAGUUGAUAAACACCACCAAGCAUUAUUUUCUUUGCUUCCAUACAAAACAUUUGGCUCCUCAGAUCCUAAUGUUAAAAAGGGAAAGCCACACCCAGACAUAUUUUUAGUGGCUGCUUCCAAAUUUCCAGAAAACCCUAAAGCUGAGCAGUGCCUUGUCUUUGAGGAUGCUGUUAAUGGUGUUAAAGCAGCAAGAGCAGCCGGCAUGCAAGUUGUUAUGGUUCCUGAUCCUCGAGUGGAUAAGAGCCUGACAGAAGAAGCCACUAUUGUCUUACGAAGCCUAGAACAAUUUAAGCCAGAAAUAUUUGGAUUACCACCUUUUGAAGAUUAAAAAAUAGUCCAAAAUUUGUUUUAGAAUAAUUAGAUUGAUUUUAAUUUAAAGUAAAUCAAUUUUAUGACAACUGGAAUUGGAAGUGUUACAUAAAUAUUUUAUAUGUAUAUUAUGUGAAA